AUCAAUCAUCAUGUCUACGGUCUUGGGAAAAUUAUUGAUUCUCUCCGUUUGCCUUGUUGGAAUCUUUGGAAAUCGAAUUUUUGGAGUGAAGACAUGCCCGAAAGGUUGGCUUCAGUUUGAGGACAAUUGCUACAUUCGCCAGCCCGAUUUUUCCAGCUUCCGUGAAUCAGUGAAAAAUUGUGAGAAAAGGGGCGCAAAACUAUUCCAUUUCGAUGAUUCCUUCGAAUUCGAGGCCGUCAGGAAUUUGUUCCCGGAUUAUUAUUUCACUUGGAUGCAAGCCGAAGUUGAGGAGGAAUUAGAAUGGCUGUACGAGCCCUACGAGGAAAAAAUGAACGGAAAAAACAGCGCUGCCAAGUGUAUCGCCUUCUACUCGUCACCAACCAAAAGCUACAACUACUUCUAUCCUUGCACAUCACACUUCCACUCAAUCUGUGAAAAAUCUCUGCAAUCUUUCCGCCAGUGGAUGGACUAAAUUUCAUUUCUUUUUUAUAAAUACUUCGGCUCUAUUACUGAAUGAAUAAAUGUAUAAUGAUGCUCUCC